GAUGAGCUCAUUGGGGUCAUGCAUCACAGAGAACGACUUUCGCCUGAUGAGGUGGCUCUGCUAGUGACUUGUUUAAAGGCGCUAUCAGGUACAGUUUCCUGCAUAGAUGUGGUGCAUCACGAGUCUCUUCUUUCUUCUAUAUUUGGAAUGAACCAAGUUCUUUCUCUUCAUUCAGCUCUAGAAAGUAUUGGUCAUUUGGUUCCUCUUGCUCCCAUGAGAUUAUUGUCAUUAGUCGUCCAAAGAAUGCCAAGGCAAUAUGAUAAUGAAGCUGUCAUCAUGACAUAUGUGGAGAACAUGUUCAAGCUGGAGAGUGGUAGUAUGGGACAACUUGUUGGGAGCACAAUGUUUACGGCGGUAGUGGACAGACUAUUAGAUUUGGAUUUGGAGAUCGGGUGGGAGGAUAUUCUACAAGAAGACUCUAGCAAAGGCAUUUUUGAGAUGGAAUUAGAAGAUUUGGAAGAAGAUGAAGAGGACUGGAAUGACGAAGGUGGUGAGCUUCCAGGAAAGCAUUUAAGCAGAAGCAGUCUGCGAGGAAAUAUAAUUGCUGAGAAAUUGGAUAGCUUGUUGGUGUUGACUUUUGAGUAUCUGGAAUCCUGUCAAGGGCGUGGCCGGUUGCUUGAGGUGUUCGAGACUCUUCUUCAUUCUUUUCGAAUCACUGUUCUGAAUGCAUACAAGUCCAAGUUUUCACAGUUUGUGAUGUUCUAUGCCUGCACGCUGGAUCCUGAGAACUGUGGUGUGAGAUUUGCUCGAAUGCUUCUAGAUAUUUUUGUUUGCCAUGAUCACCCGCCAAAUACAAGGAUGAGUGCAGUUGCAUAUCUUGCUAGCUAUCUGUCCCGCGGAAAGUUUCUCUCUACCAGUUACAUUACUACAAUGUUGAAAAGGUUGGUUGAUUGGUUUGACUAUUGCAAAGUUCAGGAUGAGGACGUUAAUCCACUAGCUCAUGAAGUUUUCUAUGCUGGCUGCCAGGCUAUUAUGUAUGUGCUUUGCUUUCGAAUGUGGUCAAUGAUGAGCAUUCCACGGCUGAAGUCACAGCUUUUCCUUAUGCCGAUAGAAACAAUCCUAAAGCACAAACAUCCAUUGAAGGUAUGCCUCCCAUCUGUAGUGGGGGAAUUUCUUAAACAGGCAAGAGCAGCUAGGCUUUUUACGGUGUCUAAGACAUCUAUCUCUGAUGACAUCCUGGAGACUGAACUUUCAAGGGCUUUUGGUGGACUGGAGAGGCUAGACACGUUCUUUCCUUUUGACCCGUGUUUAUUGAAGAAAAGUGACAGAUUCAUCCGGCCAAACUUCAUAUUUUGGUCAAUGGUCAAAACUACGUAUGAUGACGAUGAAGACGAAGACGAAGAUGCGGAAGGUAGCAGCGACGAAGAUGGAGAAGAGUCUGUUGAUGGCGCAGUGGAGAACAGAGGCGACGGAAUGGCUACAAGUUUUGACGAGCGAGAUAUUGAUAUGGAAGAAUUUGACUAUGCGUUGAAUAAGAUGUCCAUUACACCGAAGCAGUCCUCGAUGUACAGGUUCGGCAGUGGACUAGAUGAGCUUGUACGAAUGCCGUCGAGGAUAAGACCAUCUACCAGUCCGGAGUCAUUGUGAAAUCAGUUGAUGGUCACCAAUUCUUUCAGAAGCCGGAAGAUAGUGCUGCCC